AUGUCUUCAGAGCCCGCCCAAUCUGCGGCGUCGACGCCACCGACAUCGCCCGAAGCAAGAGAUGGGCUUACAGACGCAAUGGAGAAGGAGGAGGCGAAAAUGGCAGAAGCACGACGGAAACAAGAUGAGAAGCGUGAACGGCAGAUGGCCGCAGAGCGAGAAAAGGAUAUCAAGGACGGACCAGAAGCCGUGGAUACCAAAUAUAAAGCACUCGAGUACCUGCUGAGCCAGAGCAAGCUAUACUCGGCCAUCAUGCUGGAGCAAAUGACGCAGCAAGAGAAGGCAGAUGAAGCAAGAGAUGAGAAGAGCAAGAAACGUGCGCAGAAGAAGGAAGAAAAGGCAGAGCAAGCUGCACAGGCGAGCCAAAAGAGAGCGACAAGAACAGCGGCGGCAACCGAAGACUCGACGCAAAAUGCGCAGAACGAAUCGCCCAAGAAAGAGCUUCCACGAAGAGGAAAGCCUGCAAAGAGCACGAAAGGCGGGAAGAUAUCUGACUACAUGAAGAAGGACGAUGUCAAGGUAAAAGCUGGAAAGACUUCAAUUACAGAGGCUCUGGCAGAAGAGACGAAAGACGAUGUCAAGCCAAGCGAGAUUGGUAUGCAGGACCUGCGAUCUGCAAAGCAACCUGAUCUGGUUACUGGAGGUCUCAUGCGAACGUAUCAGUUGGAGGGACUGGACUGGCUCACAUCGCUGUAUGAGAAUGGACUAAAUGGCAUCCUGGCCGACGAGAUGGGGUUGGGUAAAACAAUCCAAACUAUCUCUUUCCUUGCUUUUCUGAGGGAGAAGGGAGUCAAUGGACCGUUCCUGAUCGCAGCACCUCUCAGUACGACCAGCAAUUGGGUUGCCGAGUUCAAGAAGUGGACUCCAGAGAUUCCUGUCCUGCUCUACCAUGGAAGCAAGCAGGAAAGAGAAGAGCUUAGGCGCAAAAGACUGCGAAAUCCUGGAAGUACCGACUUUCCAGUCAUUUGCACCAGCUAUGAGAUUUGCAUGAACGACAGGAAACAUCUUGCCCAUUACGGAUGGAAGUUCAUCAUCAUCGACGAAGGCCAUCGAAUCAAGAACCUCAACUGCCGGUUGAUCCGUGAGCUGCAAUCCUACCAGUCUGCGAACCGACUGUUGAUCACGGGCACCCCUCUGCAGAACAAUCUGGCUGAGCUUUGGUCUCUUCUCCACUUUCUGAUGCCUAGCAUCUUCGACAAACUGGAAACUUUUGAGUCGUGGUUUGACUUCAGUGCCUUGAAGGAAAAGAAUGGCUACGAACAGAUCCUCUCCGAGGACAGGAAGAAGAACCUAGUCGCAAGCCUUCACGCCAUCUUGAAGCCGUUCUUACUUCGUCGUGUGAAGGCUGAUGUUGAGACUGCAUUGCCUAAAAAGAGAGAAUAUGUGCUAUAUGCGCCCCUGACACAAACACAGCGAGAGCUAUACCAAGAGAUUCUUGAAGGUAACAGCCGUGCCUACCUCGAAAACAAGAUGGUAGAAAGCCUCAGCAGGAGUGCGACGCCAACGAGUACACGCAGCAGAAGUCUGAAGCGCAAGGCUAUGGACGGAGCAUCAACGCCCAACAAGAGCGCCAAAUCGAGCCGAGCUUCUACUCCUGCGACCACCAACAGUACUGGUGGUCGAUCUCGGAAAGCGAAGAAAAAUCAGAAGUAUGAAGAAGUGUCGGAUACCAAGUACUUCCAGCAGCUCGAAGAGGACCCUUCGUCAGCAGCUGAAGACCUCGACGACGAAGAAGACGAAGAGGAAACAGAACGAGCAAAGACACUGGAACUUGCAAAGCGCGAGAUUGGGCAGAAGAAGCUUCAAAACCCGGUGAUGCAAUUACGACAAUGCUGUAACUCGCCGCACAACUUUUACUAUCCUUUCGACUACGACGACAACACUCCCGUCGAUGAGACACUUGUCACUGAGUCUGGCAAGAUGCUACUACUGGAUCGACUGCUGCCUGAACUGCUUGACAAAGGUCAUAAGGUGUUGAUUUUCUCCCAAUUCAAGACGCAGCUAGACCUCCUAGACACAUACUGCAGAGAGCUCCGCAACUGGUCCACCUCACGAAUCGACGGCUCUGUCGCGCAGACCGAUCGCCAGCAGCAGAUCCUCGACUUCAAUGACCCCAAGAGCGAUGUCAACGUCUUCUUACUCUCCACGCGCGCGGGCGGUCAAGGCAUCAACCUCGCUGCAGCCGACACAGUGCUGCUCUUCGACAGCGAUUGGAAUCCGCAGCAGGAUCUCCAAGCGCAAGAUCGAGCACACAGAAUCGGACAAACGAGGCCAGUGAUCGUCUACCGCUUCGCAACAAAAGGCACCGUCGAGCAGAUGCUGCUAGAAAAGGCAGACAGCAAGCGACGCCUGGAAAAACUCGUAAUCCAAAAAGGCCGAUUCCGAAGCAUGCGCGGCGAAGGCGUUGGCGCCGACUUCGCAGAGCUGCAGAAACUGCUUGGAAAAGACGACGGCGAGCGGAUCGAUAUCGCCGAAGGGAAGGGGUUACUGAGCGAUGAGGAUCUUGCGAUUUUGACGGAUAGGAGUGAGGAGGCGUUUGAGAGGGCGGAGAAGGGCUUGGAUGUUGCUGGGGAGGUGUUUAAGGCGGUGCAGACGAAGUCGGAUGGGAAUGGGCUUUUGGAGAGUUUGCAGAAGUGA